AGGAGGCAGUGUUUGAAAGAAAAAGAACUCAGAGUCACAACUGCUGUUUGACAGCAGGUUUCAGAGAGAUAACGGCUGUUCAUUUUCUUACACUUACGCUUAAAGACUUUCUGAUGUGUGAUUUCCUUCUCUUUUCUGGACAAAAUGAAAAAGUUGGUCAUCUUUUCAGUCCUGGUGAUGUCCACAAGAGCUGCCAUGGGUUUGCUGUUCAUGAACCCUGUUUGUAGAUUUGCUCAGAAUGAUUCAUGUUAUGGAGCUGUGGGACGACCACUAUACCUGCAGCUGGAAUCUGAGGAUCAAUUAGACUUAAAGAAGAACAUCAGUGGAACUGCUUCUGGAUACAUUUUCAGAUUUAAAAAACAAAAAAUCACACAAAACCAUUCAGAUUAUCCAAGAUGGCAGUUUGUUACUAAUAACAGCACCAUGAUAAUAAACAGUGCAGAGAAAAGAGACUCAGGAAGAUACACUUUAGAUACAUUUAAUUCAACAGGAAUAUCAAAAGGCAUUUAUCAUCCCCAGCUGGUUAUUGAAGCUGUGGUGUCUUCAGUGACUGUGACAGACAGCUGCUUAUCUAUUGAGAAGAGGAAAGUUUACUGUUCCUCUGAUGGAGAUAAUGUGCGCUACAACUGGACUUACCCACAUAUACAACUGGCUGAUGGGAACCAGACUCUUCUGCUGGACAAAGAAGCUACUGGAAGUGUGACCUGCUAUGCUGAAAAUCAUGUUAGCCGUGGACACAAAACUAUUGAGUUGCAGCAGUGCCCUGAUAUGUUGCUAAUAGUUCUGGGCUCUACUGUUGUGGUCCUCAUCGUGCUGUCCAUCAUAUCGUACCUUAUUUACAGGAAGAAACAAGCUCCAAAGAACAUAGGAUCUUCUCAGAAUGAUGGGGAACUACUGUAUGUUCAGGUCACCCAUAAACCCACUGGUGGGGCAGACAAAACAGGUGGGAAAGCUCAAGCUCAGGGGGAUGAUGUAGAGUACGCCACGGUCAUCACUCAGCCCAAACAGAAGAAGAAAAAGCAGGCAGAGGAUGAAGUUCAGUAUGGAGAGGUGGCGUUCAACACUGGUGGUGCCAAACACCGGAGAGAGCAACCUAAAGAGCAGGAUGAAUGUGUGUACUCACAGGUUCACCACAAUCGGUGAGGGUGACGCUGGUACAAUGUAGAAAAUACAAGGCCAUAAAGUAGCUAAGCAAGACUUUGGUUACUGUCUUAAGUUGUUCUUAUUUAAUCCUUAGAAGUGCAAAGUUAUUAUUAUGUUUUAUGUUUGUGCUAUUUUCUC